ACAACAACAUGGCGCCUGCCAUUCGGGCACCGCGAGAGAGUCGGGGAGGCGGAGAGACGAGAAGGAAAGCGCCCGGGGCGCAAAGCAUCUUCUCCUUCGCGACAGCCGCGCUGUCGUAAACCGGUGAAUGGCUCCCGUGUGGCGAAGGGGGAGAGGCGAGCUGGGGAUUGUGUGCGGCGGCGGCGGCCCUUCUCUCUGAGGCGCCUGUGCUUCUCCCCCCACCCACCCGCCCGCCGCCAUCGGAGAGACAUGGAUCCCAACCGGAUCAUCCAGGCGCUCAAGGGCACUAUCGACCCUAAGCUGCGCCUCGCGGCCGAGAGCGAGCUGAACCAGUCCUACAAGAUCAUCAACUUUGCUCCCAGCCUGCUACAAAUAAUAGUUUCUGAUCAAGUGGAAUUCCCAGUCCGACAGGCGGCUGCUAUUUACUUGAAGAACAUGGUGACGCAGUACUGGCCAGACCGAGAGCCACCACCUGGAGAAGUGAUAUUUCCAUUCAACAUUCAUGAAAAUGAUCGGCAACAGAUACGGGAUAACAUUGUGGAAGGAAUUAUUCGUUCUCCAGACUUAGUGAGGGCCCAGCUGACAAUGUGCCUCCGCACUAUUAUCAAGCAUGACUUCCCAGGUCACUGGACUGCAGUCGUGGACAAAAUAGGCUAUUACUUGCAGUCUCCCAAUAGUGGGAGCUGGCUUGGAAGUCUGCUGUGCCUGUACCAACUCGUGAAGACCUAUGAAUACAAGAAGGCCGAGGAGAGAGAGCCCCUCAUCGCUGCAAUGCAGAUAUUCUUGCCUCGGAUUCAGCAGCAGACAAUCCAGCUCCUUCCUGACAACUCCCAUUACUCUGUGCUCCUUCAGAAACAGAUCUUAAAGAUUUUCUAUGCACUUGUUCAGUAUGCACUGCCACUUCAGCUGGUGAAUAACCAAACUAUGACUCAGUGGAUGGAGAUUUUCCGGACUAUCAUCGACAGAAGUGUGCCUCCUGAGACUCUGCAGAUUGAUGAAGAUGAUAGGCCAGAACUAGUAUGGUGGAAAUGUAAGAAAUGGGCUUUGCGGAUUGUUGCUCGCCUUUUUGAAAGGUAUGGCAGGCCUGGGAAUGUAACAAAAGAAUAUUUUGAAUUUUCUGAGUUCUUCUUGAAAACCUACGCUGUGGGAAUCCAACAGGUGCUCCUAAAAAUCUUGGACCAAUAUAGGAAGAAAGAGUAUGUUGCACCACGUGUCCUUCAGCAAACAUUAAACUAUCUGAACCAAGGGGUCAAUCACUGUAUAACCUGGAAGCAAAUGAAACCACAUAUGCAGACUGUGUGUGAAGAAGUGAUCUUUUCCCUGAUGUGUUAUAAAGAUGAGGAUGAAGAGCUCUGGCAAGAGGACCCCUAUGAGUACAUCCGCAUGAAAUUUGGUAAAUAUGAUGUCUUUGAAGAUUAUGCAUCCCCUACAACAGCUGCUCAGAUACUUCUGUACACUGCAGCAAAAAAGCGAAAAGAGGUGUUACCCAAAAUGAUGGCAUUUUGCUAUCAGAUACUUACUGGGCCCAAUGUUGACCCUAGGAAAAAAGAUGGGGCAUUACAUGUGAUAGGAUCUCUAGCAGAGAUUUUGCUGAAGAAGAGUGUCUUCAAGGAUCAAAUGGAGCUGAUGCUACAGAAUCACAUCUUUCCACUGUUCAUGUCGAACCUGGGAUAUUUGAGAGCAAGAUCCUGUUGGACUCUUCAUUCGUUCAGUACUUUGGAAUUCCACAAUGAACUCAACCUAAGGAAUGCUGUUGAGCUAACAAAGAAGAGCCUGAUUGAUGACAAAGAGAUGCCUGUCAAAGUGGAAGCUGCCAUAGCACUUCAAUCAUUAAUAAGCCAUCAGGAACGAGCAAAGGAAUACAUUAAGCCCUACAUCAGGCCAGUUAUGCAGGAGCUGCUGCUUGUUGUUCGGGAGACUGAGAACGAUGAUCUCACCAAUGUAAUCCAGAAGCUGAUUUGUGAAUACAGUCAGGAAGUAGCAACAAUUGCUGUUGAAAUGACACAGCACCUGGCAGAGAUAUUUGGGAAAGUUCUCCAAAGUGAAGAAUAUGAAGAACUGGAGGAUAAAACUGUCAUGGCUAUGGGGAUCCUUCACACAAUUGAUACAAUCCUUACUGUCGUGCAAGACCACAAGGAGAUAACUCAACAGUUGGAGAGCAUUUGCUUACAGAUCAUUGGCCUCGUCUUGCAGAAGCACGUAAUAGACCUCAUCAGAUCUGCGGGGGUUUCCCUUUCAGAGUUCUAUGAAGAAAUCCUCUCUCUAGCAUACAGCUUGACGUGCCAUCUUAUCUCACCUCAAAUGUGGCAGCUUCUGGGUGUCUUAUAUGAAGUAUUUCAACAGGAUUGCUUUGAGUACUUUGCAGAUAUGAUGCCUCUCUUGCACAACUAUGUCACUGUUGAUACCGAUACGUUACUGUCAAAUCCCAAAAAUUUAGAGAUAAUUUACACCAUGUGUAAAAAGGUAUUAACUGGUGAUGCAGGAGAAGAUGCCGAAUGCCAUGCAGCCAAGCUCUUAGAGGUCAUUAUUCUGCAGUGCAAAGGGAGGGGUAUUGACCAGUGCAUCCCGCUCUUUGUAGAAGCUGUCCUAGAGCGCUUAACGCGAGGGGUUAAAACCAGCGAGCUCCGCACCAUGUGUCUCCAGGUGGCCGUUGCAGCCCUUUACUACAACCCUGAUCUCCUUUUGCACACUUUAGAGAACAUCAGAUUUCCUCACAACCCAGAGCCCAUCACUGCACAGUUCAUAAACCAGUGGAUGAAUGAUACAGAUUGUUUCCUUGGCCUCCAUGAUAGGAAGAUGUGCAUCAUAGGGCUGAGCAUUUUGAUGGGGCUGCCCAACCGACCUCCUGCAGUAGAUGCUGUGGCUGCUCAGAUUGUUCCGUCGGUCCUCCUUCUGUUCCUGGGACUGAAACAAUUGUGUGCCACCAGGCAGCAUACGGAACAUGAAGAACAUGCUAAAUCUGAAAAGAAUGAUGCAGAAGAUAAUGAAGAGAUUCCAAGUGAUGAAGAGGAGGCCAAUGAAGUCAGCCAGGAGAUGCAGGAAAACCAUACAGGUGGUGGCGGUGAUGCAGGAGAUGACGAUGAAGAUGAUGACGAUGACUGGGAUGAUGAUGCACUGGAAGAAACUGCUUUAGAAGGUUUCAGCACCCCUGUCGACCUGGAUGAUGGUGUGGAUGAAUACCAGUUCUUUACACAGGCACUACUAGCGAUACAGAGCCGAGAUGCAGCCUGGUACCACUUGCUGACAGCACCACUCAGCAAUGAUCAGAAGACUCAGCUGCAGGGCAUCUGUGCGUUAGCUGAACACCGGAGGAGUUCAGCAGAAUCAAAGAGGAUAGAGCAGCAAACGGGCUUCACAUUUGAUAACAAAGGACUGGUCUCUUCAUUUAACUUUGGCAAUCCUCCAGGAAGCAACUGAAGGAGGAAAAGACGAAAGCUUAAGGGACUCUGCAGAAUAUUUCAUUAUUGCAUUUUAUUAAAACAGCAACACACAUUUGUGACUUGUGAGCAGACAAGGGAAGGUAAUGGAGUGCUCUGGAAGAUGAUUUCCUUUUGGGAAAGGCAGUGGUCAACCCUCUUUCCUCUCAUUAGGACACUCUUUCUAACCAGCUACUGUAAUGUAUAAAUUCUUGUGGUAUUUUUCUAA